CCUGAUCAAUCGUGUCUAAUGCUAAGGUGUGGUGCUCAUCUCCAUUUCCUAGCCGAGGGAGCCAGCGUUGUCUGAAGACACUUCUGUGGUCAUGUGGCCAGCAUGACUAUAAAUCAAGUGUGGAAGAAAGAACCUAGGUGAAAUGCUUCAUGAAAAAAUGGCACUUGGUUAAGAAGAAGCUGUGUGCACCAUCUAUGAGUAUGGCUCUGUACUAUCCUGGCAUGUUUCAGAAUUUUCCUUAUGCAUUCCUGCCCCAGGUUCCGAUGCACAACACUUACAAGCCUCUUGCUAUCAUGGACUAUGGUUACAAUGACAGUUUAUCCAACCAAAUGGCGUACCAUCACAUCUAUGGUCCAAGUCCUUUUUUUUACUCUUAUCCUUUCUGGCACUUUCCCCAGGUGACUUCUCUUCCUCUGUACCAGCCUUACAGUAACCAUCAUCCUCAUAUGGCAGUCCAGAGACCAAGCUGGGAUCUGUGGCCUGAAGGGUUUGUUCUGAGAGGAGAGCUCCAUUGGGGUAGGCUUGAUCGUGUUGUGGGGCCUAGGAGGGACUUGCCAGACUUUGUGAAAGAUGAUCUCAGAAGAGUCUAUGGCACAUAUCCAAAGACAGAUGUUUCCAUAAUGUAUCAGAAUGGUGAAUUUAUUGUAAAAGGAAACCCCAGGGUAGGAGAACAAGAAUACAAGAUAGAGAAGACAAUCAUAAGAAAAGAACCCACCCCAACUGCCAGUGAAGCAGAGGACAGCAGUGAAGAGUGGAACAGAAAGAAGAAAAAGAAAGCAAAGAGAUGAUGUAGCUGGAUUAAACUAUAUUGAUUGAAAAAGCACUCAUCUCUGCUGCUGUAAGAGCCAGGGAUGUCUAUAAUGAAACCGGGCUAUAAGCACAACACUGGGGGUAGUGAAAAAUAGUAUUCGAUUAAAAUUUGUACAGUUGUCAAUUGCUUUCUUUGCAGCCAGUAAUCACAGAGGGAUGUGUGUGUGUGGGGGGGGGGGGGUAUUCACUAAUAUUUUAUGUAUAAUUGAUUUUGUGUUCUUGCUUGUUUUGGCUGUAUUUGAAAUGAUUCUUGCAUUGAAAGGCCAUGCGAAAAUCAGAAUUGCUGCUACUGUUACUUCAAAUUCUUCCCAAGGAUUUUUUUUGUCAUAUAUAUAUGGGGUAGGAAGGAAGGGAGGCACUAACUACUAAACGAAAUAACCAUAAGAUAUUCACUAUGGAUCUACUUAGAAAUUAAACCUGAAAUGACAAUACAAGAUAAUAGUGUAUUUCAUCGCCAUCUAUUUUUUCACCUGUAAUUUCAGAUACACAGAAAGGUAACAUUAGGGCAGGAUUAUCAUUUUAGGUUACCAAGUAUUCACCUUGCUUAACUCUUAAAAUAGACUUUUGAAUAUCUUCUGUGCCAUUGAUUAUUCCUCUGAAUCUCAAAAGUUUUAUUCACAAAGUUAUGAUAGACUAUUAGACUGAAAUCUAAUUUGUACACAAGCUAUUUGAGCAAUUUUAAAUAAAAACAAGCAUGUUCUAGUGUGAUUAUUCUUA